ACACAGAGACUCGCCUGUCAAUCACGAGGUAUCCCCGCCCCUUUCUAUCCUAAGGUCUCUUCUUGCAAAAAGCCGGAAAAUGGCGGGCGUUCUCACCAAGGUUUCCCGCAUCGUGUCCGCUUCGCAGGCGACUCUGCGACAAGCUCCUGCUGCCCUCGGCACUACAGCAUCCCUCCAACACAGAAACUAUGCCUCAGGAAAGCGUAUUGAGGUGGCCAACCCAGUGGUGGAGCUGGAUGGGGAUGAGAUGACCAGGAUCAUCUGGGACAUGAUCAAACAGAAGUUGAUCUUCCCCUACAUCAAUGUGGACUGUAAAUACUACGACCUGGGACUGCCCUACCGUGACCAGACCGACGACCAGGUCACCAUCGACUGUGCUGAGGCCAUCAAGAAGUACAACGUGGGCAUCAAGUGUGCAACCAUCACUCCUGAUGAGGAAAGGGUUGUUGAAUUCAACUUGAAGCAGAUGUGGAGAUCCCCCAAUGGGACGAUCCGUAACAUCCUGGGUGGAACAGUGUUCCGCGAGCCAAUCAUCUGCAAGACCGUACCCCGCCUUGUUCCCGGCUGGACACAGGCCAUCGUCAUUGGCCGUCACGCUCACGGCGACCAGUACAAGGCUACUGACUUUGUGGCAGAGAAGGAGGGGAAGUUCGAGAUGAUGUUUACCCCUGCUGACGGCAGCGAACCAACCAGAAUGGAGGUGUUUGACUUCAAAAAUGGAGGAGGCUGUGGCAUGGGCAUGUACAACACUGAUGAGUCCAUCACAGGAUUUGCCCACAGCUGCAUGCAGUAUGCCAUCAACAAGAACUGGCCACUCUACAUGUCAACCAAGAACACCAUCCUGAAGAGAUAUGAUGGCAGGUUCAAGGACAUCUUUGAGGACAUCUACCAAAAACAUUACAAGAAGGACUUUGAGUCCAGGAAGAUCUGGUACGAGCACCGUCUGAUUGACGACAUGGUUGCCCAGGUGCUGAAGUCAUCUGGAGGGUUCGUGUGGGCCUGCAAGAACUAUGACGGAGAUGUGCAGUCUGAUGUGGUUGCACAAGGAUAUGGUUCCCUUGGUCUGAUGACCAGUGUCCUGGUGUGUCCUGACGGUAAGACCAUCGAGGCCGAGGCUGCCCAUGGCACGGUGACCAGACAUUACCGAGAACAUCAGAAGGGAAACCCAACGAGUACCAACCCCAUCGCCAGUAUCUUUGCCUGGACAAGAGGCCUAGAGCACCGUGGGAAACUGGAUGGGAACCAGGAUCUAGUCAAGUUCUGUCAGACCCUUGAGCAAGCCUGUGUUGACACCGUGGAUUCUGGGAAGAUGACCAAGGACUUGGCAGGAUGUGUCUAUGGAGGCAUGGCCAAUGUGAAGCCAGGCCAGUACCUAUACACUAUGGACUUCCUGGAGGCCAUUGAGGAAGAACUGAAGAGGAAGAUGGGCAACUAGACUGAACCAACCAGUGUCCAUGUGGGACAGUUCAUGUCAUGAGGGACUGAAGUGCAGAACCAUGUGUGUUGUAUGCAGUGUAUACUAUUUUGGGGGAAGUCUAACUUCAAGUUCUGUACUAUAUACUGCCACAACUCAACUAGCUAAACCUGUAAUGUAUUUGAAAGUAAAGCAAUAGAAAAGAAAAUUGGUGUUGAUACUAAAUUAUUGCCUUGCUUCUGUAUCACCAAAGUUGCCAUGUCAAAGUGUAGAACAAGAAAUUGUGGAUUCAAAAACAAGUAGGGAUGAAAAUAAGAGUGCUAAAGAAUUGCUGUGAAAAUUUAAAAUACAUAUGUAUGUAUGUUGACUGUGUGUGUUAUACAUGUACCAGUGGUAAUCUACAUUCUUACUGUCAUGACAGUUAAAGUUCUCUAGGUUCCACAACUGAGUACUGAUUCAUGUCAAGCCUUGCUAUUUUCAUGCCUCCUUGAUUAAUCUUUCUUUGGUGCCCAAAUCCUGCACAUCCACCAUGGCUUUGCCUGCUAGAAGCUACCAAUGAGCAUGCUUAAAACUGGUCUGCAUUGUAAUUUCAGGGAGUCACCUUCAAGCUUUUGACCAACCUGCAGCCCAUAGCAGGUGAGUCAGAUCUUGGAGGUACAAUGUAGUAGCAAAUGUCAAUAAUUUAAGUUUGAGACUUGUCAAACCCCACCAAUGUCAACUCCACAAGGCACUGGGUCAUCAUCACAGUUUCCUGCAUGUGCAGAUAAAGAGCAUAAGCUGUCAUUACCAGAAUGAAAGACAUGUACAUCUACUCACUUGGUGUGAGGCUUAACCCCAGCAUGAAUUGUUCUGUUAUGAAAAGUGAGGAAUGAAAUGUCUGACUACCUCCUACUUACUUCUUACUUUGUGCCACAUGACUUGUUUGCCCAAUAAAGGAGUCUUGAGUGUG